AUGCUUACGUCGCAAUAUACAAAAACGUCAAGUGGGUCUUUGGUGGUGUCGAAUACAUUCCCUUCACUUCUCUCAAACCCAAAGCGAAUGGAUAUCACGAGUAUCCUUCAACUUGUCACAAAGUAUCGUACAGAAAGCUGUUGCGCCAGCUUAAUAUCAUGUUUGUUAGUUAAUUGUCGUGCAGAUUUGCAAUACGAGGAUAACGAAUCUGAUACAUCAAGCCUUCAAAUAUUUCAUGCGUUAACGAGAGAAAUGAGUCAAUCGGAAGAAUUCAUACAGCAUCAAAUCAUGAAUGAAACAAAAGAAAUAAAAAGUCAUUCGAAUGUUAAAAAGCCAGUAACAGUCGAUGCGACUCAUAUCGAUGAUUCAACGAUAGAUUUUUUCGACAAAUUGACCAACGAAGGAAAUGAAAGGAAUGUCAAAAACAAAUUUAUUCGAAGCAUUUCAGAGGGAAAUGAUGAGAACGAAUUGUUGGGUGAGUUAAUUCGUGCGGAAGAAAUUUUCAUUGCCCACAUCAUCGCUAAAUGUUUGAAAUUUUGUCCGAGCGCUUUCGAUGGCGAAAUCACGAAAAGCGAAGUCAUGAUGUUGAUAGAAAAGGCUUCACGAUUUUUAUGGACGCAUGUAUCGAGUACACUUGAACAUUUUGUGCUUUGGUGGAAUGCAGCGCCGCUUGCAUGUCGUCCAAUUGGAUGUACAAAAUAUCUUCGUGAAUGGCUAUUGAUGCAGUCUAACGAAGCACCAGAACCGAUACUUUCAACACUCAAAAGUUUAGGCGAAAUUCUCACAAUUCAUGUUAUUGGGUGCUUGUGGGAUAAACAGUUCCGCAACUGCUUAGUUUUUUCACAGGGAAAGCCUGAUCAAAAGUUCAACCGCAAUUCGGAAUUUUAUUCGCCGCCUGAAGAGAAAGGAACAACUUGUGGAUAUUUCUGGAAUGAACUUUUACAGUCUCUUGUAACCAUAACAAAUUCAUGUGAUCGAGCUGGGACAAUAGCAAACGAGCUACCUUUAACAGAACAAAUUCCUGUGCUUCAUCGUUUGGAUCAUUCGAUUCAUACAAUGCGCUUAUGGACGGUAACUAAAGCAAAAGAACUUUGCUGUGACUGGAACAUGAAAAUCUUUUUUAAAGUUGUGAACUACGAUAUGGAAAGGUGUUUGGAGCAUCUCAAUGACUUGCGAUUGCCAGCUUUGGUUUGCACAAAUCCGCUACUUGAAGUUCAUAUUAAUGUGAAUGUAGCGUUACGGGAAAAGCUUGUUUCGGAAGUGAAGACAAAUCGAGAUAAGGCUAAGAAGACAACUUGUGAAUGCAUUAACAAUAUUUUUGCCCACAUUUGCGAUCAGACAUCGCUCGCAACACUUAAAAUCUAUUUUCCACCAGUGAAAAUAUGGCGUGUGAAUCAUUUGAAGACAACACACAAUCAAUACAUUGAAGUAUAUUUGGAUUUAAUUUAUCUUCCCAUCAUUGAAGCUACGGAGGAUUUGGAAAUAUUAAGUUUAGCUUUGAAAAUUAUCUGCGAAGCUCUGCUUGAACAUAUUUAUGCAAAGCGAAUUAAAUUUUCAAUCUGUGGAGCGAUUAAUCUAAUGAAAGACUUUGAAGGUAUUGCCAAUUGGAUUGAAUCUUGCAAGGAACUUCCGUUGAAUUAUCGCGACAAAUUAUCACGCCAUGAAGUUCUAAAAGUUUGUGAAGGCGUGGGAAAGAUUCUACUUCGCCAGCCAGAUGAGAUUAUUUGCCUUGAACCGCCAAAGGCAAAAGGUGAAAAGGGUUCCGCAACAGAUGAU